UACAGCACUUUUGUUUACCCUGCGACUCUACCGUCAGCCAUGGGAAAAGAGAAGACUCACGUUAACGUGGUGAUCAUUGGCCAUGUUGACAGCGGCAAGUCCACCACCACUGGACACCUGGUCUACAAGUGUGGAGGAAUUGAUCAAAGGAGACUGGAGAAAUUUGAGAAGGCUGCAAAUGAAAUGGGGAAGAGUUCCUUUAAAUUUGCCUGGGUGCUGGACAAGCUGAAAGCUGAGCGGGAGCGAGGCAUUACUAUUGACAUCACGCUGCUGAAAUUCAACACCCAGAAAUACACCAUGACUGUGAUUGAUGCUCCGGGCCACCGUGACUUCAUAAAAAACAUGAUAACUGGGACAUCACAGGCUGAUGUUGCCCUCUUGGUGGUUUCUGCAGCCAAAGGGGAGUAUGAGGCCGGCGUAUCUAGAAGCGGUCAGACCAGAGAGCACGCUUUACUGGCUUACACCCUAGGUGUGAAGCAAAUCAUAGUCUGUGUGAACAAGAUGGACCUGACUGAACCUCCUUACAGCCAGAGCCGCUUCGAGGAAGUGGUGCGAGGGGUGAGCAGCUUCCUCAAGAAGAUCGGCUACGACACAACGGCUGUGCCUUUUGUUCCAAUUUCAGGCUGGACUGGGGAGAACAUGAUCUCAGCAACGCAAAAGAUGCCAUGGUUCCAAGGCUGGAAAGUGAGACGAAGGGAAGGGAAUAAAAGUGGGAGAACGCUGCUCGAGGUCCUGGACUCCAUUCAACCACCCGUGCGCACAAUCAACAAACCACUACGAUUACCUCUGCAGGAUGUCUACAAAAUUGGAGGAGUUGGGACAGUGCCAGUGGGUAAAAUUGAAACUGGUGUCCUGAAGCCUGGCAUGACCCUGAUGUUCUCCCCUGCCAAGCUCACUGCAGAGGUCAAAUCCAUUGAGAUGCACCACCAGGGGCUGGAGACUGCUCUUCCAGGCCACAAUGUGGGCUUCAACAUUAAGAAUGUGUCCGUCAAGAACCUGCGGCGCGGAGACGUGGCAGGCAACGCUCAGCAGGAUCCACCCUCCGAUGUCAGAAGCUUUGAAGCUCAGGUGAUAAUCCUGAACCAUCCAGGGAAGAUCAAAGCGGGCUAUUCUCCAGUCCUGGACUGCCACACAGCCCACAUCACCUGCCGCUUUGCUGAGCUGAAGGAGAAACUUGACCGCCGUACAGGCAAGCACCUGGAGGACCACCCGCAGAUCCUCAUGUCUGGAGAUGCUGCCACAGUCAAACUGGUUCCCAUCAAGCCCAUGUGUGUGGAGAGCUUCUUCACAUACCCUCCUUUAGGUCGCUUUGCAGCAAGAGACCUGAAGCAGACGGUUGCUGUAGGAGUCAUCAAAUCCGUGGAGAAGAACCACAGCUCAAAAUCUCUGAAAGCUCAAGUCUGUAAAUAAGUUUGGUUUACCAGAGUUCUGGUAACAAUGCUUCUUGGCAAGAGUUUUAUUUAGUGAAAUGGAUUUGUGUUGUGACACAAAGUAC